AUGUUUCCAAAAAGAAAAAAUGUUAUAAUUUUGAGAUAUGUUGAUAGACUUGGGAUUGUAGAGGGAAGAUUUAUUGGAUUUGUUCACGUGUUGGAUACAUCUUCUUUGACUCUCAAAGUCGUCAUCGAUUUUGUAUUUACCGACAACAACUUGAAUAUGGCUCGGGUGAUGGGGCAAGGUUAUGAUGGAGAAACUAAUAUGAGUUGUACAUUCAACGGUUUUAAAUCUUUGAUAUUAAAAGAAAAUAGUUCCGCACAUUAUAUACAUUCUUUCUCACACCAAAUACAGUUAGUGGUUGUGACGGUAUCAAAUAAAUGUGAUGACAUUGAAGAAUUCUUUGAACAACUAGCUUUGGUAGUUACUGUGCCAAAUUUUGGUAUUGGUGAAACUGAAACUGGAAGAGGGCUAAAUCGAGAGAUUUAUCUUGCUCUGACCGGAGAUACUAGAUGGGGUUCACAUUAUAAAAUAAUUGUAAGUUUGAUGAAUUUGUUUGCUAAAGUUGUUGAGAAGUUGUUGAGGCCUCAUGGAUACAUUGUCAAAGCAUCUUCAAAAAAAGAUCAAGAUAUUUUAGAAGCAACUUCAUUAGUAAAAAGGGACAACAAAAACAUUGCUAGUUUUUAG